AUGCGCGUGGGGCUGCAUUCUGGACCAGUGACCGCCGGAGUUCUGAGGGGGCAGAAAUCUCGUUUUCAGCUUUUUGGUGACACGGUGAACACGGCGUCUCGAAUGGAAUCCAAUGGACUACCACAUCGCAUCCAUGUCUCUCAGGAAACAGCUGAUGCUCUUCGUGCCAAGGGCAAGGGAAUGUGGUUGACAACUCGUCCGGACAAGGUCCAAGCUAAAGGCAAGGGACUUUUGCAGACCUAUUUUGUAGACACAACAUCUAAGUCCAGGUCGGUUGUUUCGGCGUUGACCCUUGGAGAAACAACAAUUGCCUCGGGGGACAACAUGGACAACACGAGUCAUGCCAGUGGCAGCACUGAGAACGCUCCUCAGCACAGCGGUUUACCGGAUGACCUGGCAGGGUUCACAAUAGACGGUGCCGGAGCAGUGCGUGCCAACGAGAACAACAACCAUGAUGGUGAUAGUAUCAGUCGAGGAGAUGAAACACAAAGCACUGCUCCACAACGUGACACAUUCUGUGACGAGUUGCCAGGGAAUUCCAUCCAGACCGAGACCGAGGUGUGA